UCAGAAUGAACAUCGACAAACUCAUUAAGAGGAAGCAACAUGCCAAACGUGACAAUAAUCUUCGUCAGUUGGCCGAAAUCGCGAAUACUCUGGGAGACGUAUACUUUGAGAACAAUCGGCUGAAGGAGGCUCUGCAGGAAUAUUCUGAACAGCUGAUUGCUUGUGAGAAACUGGAAGAUAAACUAAGCUGUGCGAUAGCACACAGAAUGAUUGGAGAGGUUUACGCAAGUUUGGAAGAUUACAAACAGGCCCUGGAACACCAAAAUUUACAUCUGGAAGGCGCCAAAGACAUGAACAACUCAAUAGAGGAGCAACGAGCAUUUGCUACUUUAGGUAGAACUUAUUUCUGUUUAGCUGAAAGUUUAAUAAGCAAUAUAGAGAAACGAGAUGAGGCUUUGGCAAACGCAAAGAUGGCUUAUGCGGAGAGUAUGGAGUUGUGCGAUAAAUUAACAGCCACUGAGAUCAAACUGGAAGAGAAGACGCUGAUGAAGGCAAGAUUGCUACUUAACUUAGGUUUAACGCUAGAAGCACAGAAAGAGACACAACAGGCGAUUAGUUUAAUCGAGCAAGCGACUGCAUUAUGUGUAUCCAAUAAUUUUCAGGAAGACUUACAUCGAACGUGUAUCUCUCUAGCAACUAUAUACGAGCGGCAAAACAAUUUUGAGCUAGCGUUAAAUUAUAUUGAAACUGCAGCCACUGUAAAUGAUGUGCGCCUGAAAGCCGAAGCAAAAAUAAUAAAGGCUGAACUGUUUAUGCGAACUGGACAGUGGAUUAAAACGCGUAAAGUAUUAGUGCCCCUAUACGCGAGUAGUGGAUUGCCAAAAGACAUUAAUAAUCAGGUCGAGAAGUAUUUAAGAAUUAUUGUAACGAUUUGUCGAGCGGAAAACAGUCUCCUUGUCGAGACUGAUACUCGAGCUAAGCAAAAACUUUAUGAUACUUUAGGUGAUGCAGCAGUCGCCGCUCAAUGCUUUGACAAAGGUGCAGAAUAUUAUCGACAAAUGUUGACUUGUGCAGAGGAAACUGGUGAACAAAUAGGCGUUUCUUUAAUGAGCUUAGCUCAAACGCUCAAAGAUGCAAGAUGUUACAAAGAAGCGUUGCCAUUUGCACGAAGGGAAUUGGAUCUUUGCACCGAUCCUCGAGAGAAAUACAGGUCGGUGUUGUUUCUAGCGGAUUUAUUAAUAACGACAAAUGCCACUGAUGUGGAAGUACGGGAGUGUUACAUUUCAGCAUUGAACGCAGCGAACGAAAGCGGUAACGUUAAGCUACAAAAGUCUGUUACAAGAGAACUCGUCAAUUAUCUGGAAAGCAUAGGCCAGUUUACUGAGGCAGAGGAUAUAAAGCAGAAAGUAGGAUUAACGUUUUUGGAAGUACAGAGCGAUACAGAGAGUGAAGCGUCAUCCGAGGAAAGCGACAGAAUUGGUGCAGACAUUUGUCUAGAGGAUCUGUCUGAUCUAGAACCCGAAGAAAGUGUCACGAAGCCUGUUGGUACCAAAAGAAGACUGAGGAGAGGAACGUCAACCGCGAUCAAAAGGAAUGAGAAGGGUGAAACGCCGCUACACGUAGCGUGUAUCAAUGGUGAUAUCGGUGCUGUUGAGAAGCUCUUAUCGUCCGGUCAUUCUACAAACGUCAGAGAUCACUACGGAUGGUCUCCACUUCACGAAGCUGCUAAUCACGGUUACGUAGAAGUUGCAAAACUGCUUCUGAAGCAUGGUGCCAAUGUCAAUGAUCCGGGCGGUCCGUCUUGCAAAGGUGUGACGCCGCUUCACGACGCUGCCUCUUGCGGACAUUCCUCUAUGAUGCACCUCUUGAUACAACACGGAGCAACCGUGACACUCAAGACCCACGACGACGAUACAGUGCUGGAUUGCCUGGAAAAGUGGAGAAAACGUGUGAAAGAUUUAAGUCCCGAGGAUUUAAUCGAAUAUGACACAAUGCAUAAAAAGCUUUCGGCUGUUAUUCCAGUGAACACGAAAAGGAAGAGAUCCAACGACGUUUGGCCAUCGAACAAAAAGUCUGCGUCGCCCGAGACGUCUGAGGUUCGAAAAAUAUCCGUCGGUGAGGAUUACAAGAGAACAAUAGAGAGCUUGCGGACCUUCAAUAAAACUAACACCGUUAGUGCACUUAAAGACAAUAAUGAGGCAGUUACUAAAGCGGUUGCGCCUUUAAUUAAUGAAGAACUAGUUCUUGUCGAUGAUUGGCUUGAAGACGAUAUCGGAACAACGAAGAAAAAAUCUACAAACAAUCAUAAACUGUUGAACAAUCACACUGCUACAGUCAAACGAAAGUCUUUCGAUGGAAAUCCGGAGAACGCUACUAAAAAGUUGAGACUGAAUGAUUCAUGUCAUAGUAAAGAUGAUUUCAGUACAAGCGAAGACAGUAAUGAUGAUCUCUCUGGUGACAUUGUUGAAUUAUUUGAAGAACCUAAAAGAAAUAAGAGAAAACGACAGACAUCCUUGGUCUCAAGUGGAUUCACCGUGUCUCGUAGUCGUACACCAUCCCCAGUGGCUCAUUUGCAAUCGUUUCCUACAAUAAAUUCAAAACAGCACGACAAAGAGUACUUACAUUUAUGUACGUUUGUUAAAGACAAGGUGUUCAAUUUAAAAGUAGCAGUUUGCGAAGACGAGAAAGAGUUUCUGACCUGCAUUAUAAGUACUACCGAACGUAUGUUCCACGAUGAAACUGGUUGUACAGUUAAGCUGAUGUUUCAGCCCAUAAAUGGGACUGUCGUAACGAAAGAGAGUAUUCUGAGAAUCAUGAGAGAAAAUACAAAUAACAAAUUGGAGUGCGAGGUAGUCGAACUGCAGGUUCCAUCCAUCGUCGAGCGUUUCAAGACCAUCUGUUGUACUCACAAUCUGACACCCUGCGAAAUCGUGCUGAAGUGUCUGAGAUCUUGCGAAAAUACAUCGAUAUUUCGUGCAAAACCUGACGAUAUCAAUAAACAAGUAUUUGUGCCGUUGUUAAAGACCUUAGAAUACGAAAAGAGUAUUAAACUGUUACAAUUGUCAGGUACUGUAUUGCUGACAGCGGGAAUGCACUUACAUCAAUGUCUCUCGAAUAUGUCGUUUCUACAGGAGCUCUAUUUAAAAGGCUGUGAUAUUGACUUCGCCUGUUUACGCCAAGUAAACUCGUUGCCUCCUCAAUUAAGAGUCCUAGAUCUGAGUUACAAUCCAUUGAGUUCUGAGAGUUGUGAUACCCUGCGGAAGCUAAUUGCGCCCUUGAGAUACUUACAAACUCUUAACUUACGUUAUUGUAUGCUGGAGAACUUUUAUCUUUCACUUGACAAUCCCAAUCUAACAAGCUGCGAUAUUUCGUGGAAUAAAUUAAAUCGCGAUGCAGUGACUUCUUUCUUGAGUAGGCAACUGUUUGAUUUGAGCUUGUCUAAUAUUCUGUCUUCCAACCGAUUCAUCUUAAGUCUGGAUACGAUAAGCGCAGCUCUGGCGCCGAGCUUAGAAUCGCUGGAUCUUUCAUUCUGUGACGUAUUAGACAUCGACGUAAAGAUCGUCUUAACGCAAUUGCCUCGAUUGUUAAAAUUAGUACUUCGUGGAAAUAUUAAUGUAUCUGUGUUAUCCAUAAACACAUUGUUAAAUCGUCAGCCUACAUUAACUUAUAUCGAUGUCAGUGGUUGUAAAAAUAUCGUGAGUAAUCCAGAGGCAGGAUUAUUUAUACAAAAUCCUGAAAUUUGCACGCUACUAGCUAGCAUAGAGCCGAAUUUAUGUGAUUCAUGGAUUAAAUUGUGGCGAGGUAUUUCAACAUUUUAUCCUCAUCUUGACAAUAAAUUCCGAGGAAUGUACGAGUUCUCUCCUCAUUGCAGUACACUCUUACAUCUGUGAGUUGUACGAUAAAUUUAUUGAAACUUUGACAUGCCAGCUUUAUGCCUUCUAC